AUUCCAAAGAAUGUGUUUAGAUAUUUCGCUGUAUAUUGUAUACAAAAAGUACGUUUGAAAAAUCUAGUGUUUUUCUUAACUUCCUUCUAUUCUCAUGAAUCUACUAAUAGUAUUAAACUAUUCCGAUUUUAAUUUUCUUAUAUUGUAAAAAAAUUGAAAAAAAAGUGUUAACAUUUUUUUGUGAAAAAGGGACACCUGUUGUAGAUAUUUAUAACCAAUGUCUUUUUACCAGGAACAUUAAUUUAAAGCUCGCAUGAUAUCAUGUACAACGUGCUAAAGUAUUAUUUCCGCUUCCAGUUGUGCCUUUUCCGUCUUCGACUCCUAUCGUGUUCUCAGCGUCAAACAUGGACGGCCGUUCUAUCUCGAAAAAAAGAAAGUUUGUCGGAGACGGUGUCUUCAAAGCAGAAUUAAACGAGUUUUUAACUCGUGAACUUUCGGAGGAUGGCUACUCAGGGGUAGAGGUACGUGUUACUCCCCAUCGAACAGAGAUAAUAUUGCUGGCAACGCAUACGCAGAGCGUUCUCGGGGAAAAAGGUCGGAGGAUAAGAGAAUUAACUUCUGUGGUUCAGAAGCGAUUUAACUUUAAGGAAGCACAGAACAUUGAGUUGUAUGCGGAGAAAGUUGCGACUCGAGGUCUUUGCGCUAUCGCGCAAGCUGAAUCUCUGCGUUUCAAGUUAAUUGGAGGUUUAGCUGUACGAAGAGCCUGCUAUGGAGUUCUCCGCUUCAUUAUGGAAUCAGGAGCAAAGGGUUGCGAAGUGGUUGUUAGUGGCAAAUUGCGUGGACAGAGAGCAAAGUCCAUGAAAUUUGUUGAUGGUUUGAUGAUUCAUUCUGGAGAGCCAACCAAUGAAUAUGUAAACACAGCAACCCGUCAUGUCCUACUUCGACAAGGUGUACUUGGUAUCAAAGUGAAGAUUAUGCUGCCUUAUGAUCCUCAUGGCAAGACAGGCCCUAAAAAACCUCUCCCAGAUUCUGUGUCGAUUGUUGAACCAAAAGAUGAGGUGUUUCCUUCACAACCAACAUCUGAAGUGAAAGCAUCGAAGGAUUUGCCACAACCAAUACCACUUGCGGUGUAAUUUAUAUCUAUCUUUGAAGAAUAACUAUGACUGAGGCAAUUAUCCACUGCUAAAUAUCGCUUUACCAGGAAAUCUAUGGAAUGACCCAUAUUUGUGUGAAAUAAUGAAAAAUUAUUUAGUUAA